GCACAGAGCCCUUACUCUGGGCCUCUGUCCUCUUGUCCACAUAAGCUGAGCUGUCCUUCAAGUGGGAGCGGACCAGAAGUUUGAUUGACACCAUUUCGUCAGUGACAGCAGCUCUGCAGCCUCACGACGUAACCAAUCUGGUCGUCAUAGUCACUUUUGCUUUGUAGAGUUCCAAGUGGGUGUGUGAAGGAUGAACGCGACAGGUCUUUUGAACGAUGGCCUUGCCUCACUUGGAAUGAGCGGCUUUGGUGACAACCUCGCCUCCGGUCCUGCGCUUGUUGCUGCUGGAGGCGCUCUGGCGCUUGGCUACGCGCUGUGGGAGCAGAUGAAGUUUCGUUGGUAUCGUUCCGACAAGAACGGCAAUAUGCUGCCAGGCCCCGCCAGCGUGACCCCCAUCAUUGGCGGUAUCGUGGAGAUGGUGAAGGACCCGUAUGGCUUUUGGGAGCGCCAGCGCCUUUACAGCUUCCCCGGCAUGUCCUGGAACUCGAUUGUGGGCAUCUUCACGGUGUUCGUAACGGACCCCGCCCUCAGCCGCUACGUGUUCUCGCACAACAGCAGCGACUCCCUGCUGCUAGCGCUGCACCCCAACGCUGAGUGGAUUCUGGGCAAGACCAACAUCGCCUUCAUGUCGGGGCCGGAGCACAAGGCGCUGCGCAAGUCGUUCCUGGCGCUGUUCACGCGCAAGGCGCUGGGGCUGUACGUGCUGAAGCAGGAUGACGUCAUCCGCAAGCACUUCAACGAGUGGAUGCAGACCGCGGGCCCUCGCGAGAUCCGGCCCUUCAUUCGCGACCUGAACGCCUACACCAGCCAGGAGGUGUUCGUGGGUCCCUACCUGGACGAUCCCACGGAGCGCGAGAAGUUCUCAGACGCCUAUCGGGCCAUGACGGACGGCUUCCUGGCCUUUCCGCUGCUGCUGCCCGGCACCGGUGUGUGGAAGGGCCGCCAGGGCCGCCAGUUCAUUGUCAAGACGCUGACCCGCGCCGCCGCGCGCAGCAAGGUCCGCAUGGCCGCGGGCCAGGAGCCGGAGUGCCUGCUGGACUUCUGGACCAAGCAGAUUCUGUCUGACAUCAAGGACGCAGCCGACGCGGGCCAGGAGGCGCCCUUCUACGCGGACGACAAGAAGAUUGCGGAGACGGUGAUGGACUUCUUGUUCGCCAGCCAGGACGCCUCCACCGCCAGCCUGGUGUGGACCAUCACGCUCAUGGCGGAGCACCCCGAAGUGCUGGCGCGGGUCCGCGACGAGCAGUACCGCCUGCGCCCCAACCCCGAGGAGAAGGUGACUGGCGACAUGCUGAACGAGAUGCACUACACGCGCCAGGUGGUGAAGGAGAUUCUGCGCUUCCGGCCCGCGGCCCCCAUGGUGCCCAUGCGCGCCAAGGCGCCCUUCAAGCUGACGGAGACGUACACGGCGCCCAAGGGAGCGCUCAUUGUGCCCUCGCUGGUCGCUGCCUGCAAGCAGGGCUACUCGAACCCCGACUCGUUCGACCCGGACCGGUUCUCGCCCGAGCGCGCCGAGGACAUCAAGUACGCCUCCAACUUCCUGGUGUUCGGACACGGGCCGCAUUACUGCGUGGGCAAGGAGUACGCCAUGAACCACCUGACUGUGUUCCUGGCGCUGCUGGCCACCAGCCUGGACUUCCCGCGCAUCCGGUCCAAGGUGUCGGACGACAUCAUCUACUUGCCCACCCUGUACCCCGGUGACAGCAUCUUCGACCUCAGCUGGAGUGCCAAGAAGUAAGCCGCGGGCUAUCAUUGCUUGACAGACAGCUAGCGGCUAGCUGCAUGGAGUUGUGAAGUGCUAGAAGGCGAGGUGUCGCGGCAGGCAGGCGGCAGUGGUGUCUGGCGUUCGAGGUGCGGAUUUUGCAUUGUACCGCCGGGGGCAGGUCCUCUUUUGUUGUGUGGAGUUAGUGUGACGUUUUAAGGGUUUGCGUUGUAUGUAUAGCCUUGGAGCUGGGGGCAGGGGAAGGGGUUUGUUGUGCCCAUGCCCAUGUGCCCAUGCGACUGUAUGCGGUUGUUAUUUAUCCCCAGACCGAUUGCUAUGCGUGCACGCAUGUUUGUGCCUGCCACUAGUGGCUGCCUUGGGCUGGCUUUCAGUGUGCUCUUGUGCGUGACGAAAUGGAGAAACUCGUGCAUGUGCUGAAACCUCGAUGUUGUGGGGCCGUCCACGCGCUUGGGCAGUGGCUUAGCUGACAAUGCUGGCGAUAACGUUGACGAGUAUUUGUUAUGUUGUAUAGGCCCUGUUGACAAGGGCACUACAAGAGGAUACCGUAAAUUACAUAGCAAUGAUGAGCGGGCGCAGGCCCAUGAACCGGAAGGUGGCUGAUGCGGUUAAUGUUGGCUGUUGGUGGGCCGCUGUAAAGCAAUGACGACUGGAGGGCAUCCUACACAUGUAUCACAGGCCUAACAGCCCGCAGAACAUACGGUACACUCGAAUACUCCCCGCCCAAAGUAGUGGACCAGUCAGGGCAAACUGGGACAGUGUACGGUAUCCCCGUGAAGCAUGCGGGGAAGUCUGCAUGGCGUGGCUUGGCCGGGCGACCGAGGAGAAUGCAGUCAACAGGACAGUACCGUACCGCUACACUCGAUUGGUGAAAGACUGGCACUGACGUCAACUCCGCAACCGACAUUCGGCACGCGCUGGUGGAGAUGCUGCUGGGGCACAAGCGACCUGCAUCCUGCCCCUUGCCAUGUUCCAUUACGGGCAGCGGCGGCAGCGGCGGCAGCGGCGGCAGCGACGGCAGCGGCGGCGGCGGCCGCGGCAGCAGCGGGGGCGCGUGCGCGCAUCUUGGUAGCGGGGGCGGGCGGGAAAGGCCAUGUGGAGGAGGAGAGUGCAGCGCCGCCCAAGAAGCGGCGCAAGCGCGCAGGCUGAGGAGCCGGCUGGUGUCUAGGUAGCGGUCCGCGGUGGGGCUGGCAGGGCAUGCGUAGCGGCAUGACGAGUACAGUAGUGCGGCUGUUGACAAGUGUGCUGUCUCUGGCUGCGGUUGGCUCUGCUGUGGCAUCGCGAUUGCUAGGCACCUGGUUUGGCUAUGUGCCUGUGGAAACCGACCCCGGCUAUGUCCAGGCGACGAGGUUGUUCGGCCUCAGACUGUGGAGGGGCUCAGCCCCUUUUCCCGUGACCGGGGAACACUUGUCAAUCUGGUAAUUGCUAAUACCAAG